CUGGUAAAUGUCAAAAGUAAACAGAAAAUACGAGAUGGGGAAUUAUUUUAAGAUAUUUUAAAUUUUAAUCAAACCUUAAUUGAUGUGCACGUGAUUUUAAUAAUCUUUUACAUAUUUCUUGAAUGUUGGUGUUUUUAUUGUGAUAAACUUAUAUUUACGAGUUUUGGAAAAAUGAUUCUAUGAUCGCAGUUUUUCACCUUUUACUAUGCACAAUUUACGUCUAUCUACGAUUUAUUAUAUUUAGUUAGUAGUGAAAGCACCAAAUUUGUAGAUGACACAAAAUUUAUUAUUGAAAAAAUUAUAGAACAUUAGAAAAAAUUUAAAUUUGCCUCUGGGCGUAACCUUCUAUGUUCGUUGCUAGCAAGUUUACCGGGAUAUUAUAAUGAUAUCCUCCGCCUGUUUUUGAAUUAUCGUGCCGUGAAUUUCAAGUGAAAAUGGCUGAAGACGAAGUACUCUUCGACGACGUGUAUGAACUUUGCGAAAUUAUUGGCAAGGGUCCAUUCAGUCUAGUGAGACGUUGCGUACAUCGGCAGACCGGUCAACAGUUUGCGGUGAAAAUUGUUGAUGUGGCACGAUUCACAGCCAGUCCGGGACUUAGUACAGCAGAUUUAAAAAGAGAAGCAACAAUAUGUCACAUGUUGAAACAUCCCCAUAUUGUAGAACUUCUGGAAACAUACAGUUCCGAGGGGAUGCUUUAUAUGGUUUUUGAAUAUAUGGAUGGAUCAGAUUUAUGCUUUGAGGUUGUUCGUCGUGCUACUGCUGGCUUUGUCUACAGCGAAGCGGUAGCGUGCCAUUACAUGCGUCAGAUCUUAGAAGCUCUUCGUUACUGCCACGAGAACGAUAUAGUACAUCGCGAUGUUCGGCCCCACUGCGUGCUGCUGGCUGGUCGUGACAACUGCGCUCCGGUCAAACUUGGUGGAUUCGGUGUUGCGGCACAGUUGCCUACCCCAACCGCACAUAGAGCCCCGCCAGAACUGGUGAUGGACAAUCGACCUCUAGUGGGUCCUAUGGGCCAAGCGUAUCUGAAAUCUGAUGAGUAUGGUCGUAUCGGAACCCCCCACUAUAUGGCACCGGAGGUGGUAUCAAGUCAGUUGUAUGGGAAGCCAGUUGAUGUAUGGGCUGCUGGCAUUCUCUUGCACGUACUCCUGGUUGGAUAUCUACCCUUCACUGGCACGAGGGAAAGGCUAUUUGAAGCUAUAUGCCGUGGAAGAUUGCGGUUCGAUGCUCCACUCUGGGAAGACAUAAGCGACGCUGCCAAAGACCUGGUCCAAAGGAUGCUGACGGUUGACCACACUCAGAGAAUUAACAUUCAGGAAGUUCUGAAUCAUCGGUGGAUCAGGGAUCGCGACAAGCAGAACCGUAUUCACUUAUCAGGGACAGUCGAUGAACUGAAGAAGUUCAAUAGUCGUCGACGGCUUCGGGCGGCGACAUUGGCGGGGGCCUCCGUUGAUGAUGAGGAGGAGGAGGAACAGCCUGGGAGGAAGCAGGUCAUGCUGGAGGAGGCUAACGCUGCUGCUAUAAAUCUCAUAGUGGAGUCGCUUGAUGACGUGGCAGUGUUGCAAGACGGUCCCGCUUAUAUGGAUCCUGAUCUGUUCCACAGUGUACUUGAUGAUUUGCAAUUGCGUUCGUUGUUGGAAGUAUACGACCGUAUAGCGUGCACGGUUGUGGUGACGAGCGGUCGUGCGCCAGCGGCUGAAGGUCGUUCAAGGUCGAAGGCUGCUAUCGAGGCGGCGACCAGGCCGAGGUCCGGGAGCACCGCCGGCGCCGCCCCAGCCACCGCCGCCGCCAUACACGACCUGCGGAGACUGAUGACGUCACCACAUGUCAAGGCCCUUCUGCAAGCUCAUGAUGUGGUCGCGCGCGAGGUUUAUGGCGAGGAGUCGCUCCGUGCGUCUCCGCCGCCAGUCAAUGGCAGAGCUCAACAACCACCCGAAGAAGAAGAUGAUACUGAGCCAGAAUUCGAGAACGUGACUAGAGUGCGCCUCGUACAAUUCCAGAAGAAUACUGAUGAACCAAUGGGCAUUACACUAAAACUGGCUGAUGACGGACGUUGCAUUGUUGCUCGGAUCAUGCAUGGUGGAAUGAUACACCGACAAGCGACUCUACACGUGGGAGAUGAGAUCAAGGAAAUUAAUGGCACACCAGUAGCCAAUCAAUCUGUCGCUCAACUUCAAAGGAUGCUGCGUGAGGCGCGUGGUUCGGUGACGUUCAAGAUUGUGCCAUCAUACCGAUCGGCUCCUCCGCCGUGCGAGCUAUUCCGGAUUAAGCCUUCGCCCGUGCUAAUAUUCGUUAGAGCGCAGUUUGACUACGAUCCCUUAGAGGACGAACUAAUACCCUGCGCUCAAGCUGGUAUAGCGUUCAGCACAGGGGAUAUACUGCAGAUAAUCAGCAAGGAUGACUCCCAUUGGUGGCAGGCGCGGAAGGACGCAUCAGGUGGAUCAGCCGGUCUCAUACCGAGUCCUGAACUACAAGAGUGGCGCGCCGCUUGCGCUGCCGCCGAAAGAAGUAACACAGAUCAAGUGAAUUGUUCUAUAUUCGGAAGAAAAAAGAAACAGGCCAAAGACAAAUAUUUGGCGAAACACAACGCCGUGUUCGAUCAACUAGAUGUUGUAACAUACGAAGAGGUUGUUAAACUUCCCUCCUUCCAAAGGAAGACCAUAGUGUUGCUCGGAGCACACGGAGUGGGCCGUCGGCAUAUCAAGAACACACUUAUCGCCCGGUAUCCAGACCAGUACGCUUAUCCCAUACCACACACCACGAGACCCCCUCGAACCGAUGAGGAAAACGGCAGACAUUACUACUUCGUUACCCACGACGAGAUGAUGGCUGACAUAGCCGCUAACGAGUACCUCGAAUACGGAACCCACGAGGACGCGAUGUACGGAACAAAACUAGAGACGAUACGCCGCAUACAUUCUGAGCGUCGCAUAGCCAUAUUGGAUGUGGAGCCACAAGCUCUUAAAAUACUACGAACAGCGGAGUUCGCGCCAUACGUGGUUUUCGUGGCCGCACCCUCUCUUAACAAUGUCGCUGAUUACGACGGUUCCUUAGAGGUGCUCGCGCGCGAGUCUGAGACGCUCCGCCGUACAUACGGCCAUUACUUCGACAUGUCCAUAGUCAACAAUGACAUUGACGACACACUCGGCCAGCUGGAGGCGGCACUAGCUAGGAUGCGGUCCACACCACAGUGGGUACCAGUCUCCUGGGUUUACUGACUUACCGAUUGCUAUCUGUGAGGUACGUCUCAUUGAGUUCCAAAUUUGAAUUUAUAAAUAUUGUUUCACUCAUUCGGCGAUUGAAAUUAUUAUUUUUUUUAUAGUGCCAAUAUUUUUGUUUUUUUUUUUCUUUAUUGUUGUUAAAGUAUGUGCCAUUAUUUUUGGCAAUUUUUUUAUUUGAACUUAUGAUUUCAUUAAAUAAUAAAAAAAAAGAAGACUUUCUAAAACAGUCAUGUUUUUUGAGUAUCUUAACUUAUGGUUCAUAUUAUUGUGUUGCAAACUAUUUGAAUAAAGAUGUAGUAUUGAUGGAAAUAUUGUUGGAGAAAUGUCAAAGGCACUUAACACAAGACACAUUAAGAACUUAUAAUAUGUAUCGUUUUCAUUAUAUCAAUUAUUAAAAGACAUUUUCAUUACUAAAAGUAUUACAGAAUAAAUUGAUGUAUGUGAUAGUUGUUAUUAUUUGAUUGUUAAUUAGUAUAAUUGUGUUUAUUUAUUUUUCGUUAAUUGUUUUGGUACAACGCUCAAUACACUUUUUGUGCCAAAAACAUUUGAGAAAAUGGUUUAACAUCUUGUGAACUUGAAGUUUUAGAACAAUGUACAUAAAUAUACAUUAGUUAAUAAUUUACAUGGAAUAAUAACUCUUUAGAGUGUAUUGUAGCUCAAAAGUUUACUUCAAAAUUUAAUCAUAAGCUCUAUCCUACCUACUAUAGCUAAUGUUACGGUUAUCCAACUAAGACACUACAUAAUAUAUUCUUAGGAUAACUUAAAUCGAAUAAUCAUUAAAAAUAUUAAUUUAAAAACAUCAGUACAAACAAUUCAUUUCUUUAAACCCAUAAAGGUUUCUUAGUUGGAAAACCUUCUUAAUCUUAUCACAUUUUUAGAAAUCACAGGGUUGCAGAGAACUUUCUAGAUUUUUCAACUCGAAUCUUCUUCCACUUGCCACAAAAAUUGCAACAUACAUUAUAGUAAUGGAAUAUAAUUACUUAUGGCUGUGGAAUAUGUUGUUACAUUAUACAGAUAAUUGUCAUCAUAAUACUGUGGCUUAUUUUUACAUGGACAAACAGAUUUAGUGUAAAUGCAAUUCACUGUGCAGCCACAAACAAUACUAGUAAUUGGUUUUUACUAUCAUUAAAUCUCAUUUUACUAUUAUAUAUAAAGAUAUGUCAAAAUUAUUAUUUUACAUGUACAUGUUUCCCUAAUCGUACCUACUAUUUAAAACAACACUUACCUUAACAUCAAUAUAUAUUAUACGUUACCUUCAUUAUGAUACAACAAAUCUAAUAUAUAAUAAUAGUUUAUAAUAGAGUUACUUCAAUAUUUUUCUUGCACAUUUCUUUUGCAAAGCUUCUUAUUAUUUUGAUGUCACACUUAGCUCGUAAGUGACAAUGAUAUUCGGGAGUAUAUCAACUCAUUGUUAAAAAAAAUGUUUUCAAAUCUUCUAAAAAAAAUUUCAUAGUUUUAAGAUAUAUUAUUAUAAAUGUAGUUUUAUUAUACAAUAUAAAAGUAAUAAUAAUUAAUUUUAAGAGUGUGAAACGGCGUGCGAGUAGCACUUAUUUGUUUGACAUUUAUAGUGUUACUAUAUUAAUAUUAAAUACAUUAUUUGUUAAAUAAAUAUAUAUACAUCUUACUAUCAUGCACAUUUAAAGAAAUGUUACAAAAAAUAUAUACAUAUAAAAAAAAUUAUUUAGAUCAAUUCAUUUCGUAUAUCGAUUGUUAGUUUAUUUUAAAUAGAUUUAUUAUAAGUUAUACGAAAUAGAUUUAAAAAAAAAAAAAACAAAUAUUUACCGAUGUACCUUCGUUUCUAUAGAUUUUCUAUAUGCCUAGCAUAAUUCAUUGAGUUUAUGGGAAAUUAUGUUUAUUUAUACAUUGUUUCAAGUCCUAGACUAAUAUGUUGUAAUAUUAGAUGAUUCUGUUAGUGCUACUCAUGUAUGGGUUCGAGAAUUUAUAGUUUUAAAAAACAUUAUUGUAUUUUAAGAGAAAAUUCGAUAGGUAUAACAUCACAACAACUUUAAACUGACAUUCCAUUUUAUUUUGUUUUCUGUAUUAUUUAUUUUUUAUUUUAAGCUUAAUAUGUUUUUGGUUAACAUUUUAUGUGAAUAAAAUUAUAUUUUAUUUGUGUCAUUUUUUUUUAUUACAAUCAAUUAAAAUAUAUUACUUUCAAUCAAAGGACAUUUACGAGUGGUAGAAGAAUAUCUAUUUGCUAAUAAUAUUAAGGUAUAUUGAAACGAUAAAAAUUGCAAUGAAUGUAAUAGUUACAAAUAAAUUUUUACAAUAACGGUAACAUAUAAUAAAUGUCGGAUUGGUGUGAUUGAUUGUUCGUACCAACAUACAAUAGUGUUAAAUUGCAUGCGAAAUUUUAAAAUGUAUCUAAGAUAUUUGUAACCCAGAUCACUAGUAACAACUAACGAUGACUGAAAUAAGAUCAUUAUACUAACUGUUAAAAUUGAAUAAAGAGCACAAAAUA